AUGGCUGGAAGUCGGCUGACGUGUCGCCGAACAAUGCUAUUUUGUUUAAUUUUUUGUUUAAUUAUCGCCUCAAGCGCCGAGGAGGGAGAAAAAUAUGACGAUACGGAAGACGUCCAAGAACAUUACCCUCCAACUGUAAUGAUAGCAAUUCUUGUUCGAAACAAAGAACAUGUACUGCCGUGGUUUUUAGAGUAUAUUGAAAAACUGGAUUAUCCUAAAGACCGAAUAACAUUAUGGAUACGAAGCGAUCAUAAUACAGAUGACUCUAUACGCAUGCUGGAGCAGUGGUUAGAAGUGGUGAAAGACCAGUAUCAUGCAGUCGAUACACACUACGAGUAUGAUAAAGUGUUUGAUGAUGAGCGUGGACCAUGUGACUGGAGUGUGGAACGCUUUGCUAAUGUCAUCAAACAUCGCCAAGCAGCAUUGGAUAAUGCACGUAAAAUAUGGGCGGACUAUCUUUUUAUGCUUGAUGCAGAUAUUGUUUUGGAAAAUCCACAAACAUUGACUCUUCUAAUGAAUGAAGAAAGGACCAUUGUAGCACCCAUGCUUAAUGCCAGUGUAGGGGAUACCUACUCAAACUUCUGGGGCGGCAUGACUGAUUCGGGAUAUUAUAAAAGAUCAGACGAUUAUUUUGAUAUUGUGGGAAGACAAAUUGUUGGAUGCCUACAAGUUCCUAUGGUGCACUCAGCUCUCCUCAUCAAUAUGGAGCAUUCACGAACAGGACAAAUUGCCUACAGUCCAGCACCAGAAAAUUAUGAAGGUCCUUAUGACGACAUCAUUAUUUUUGCCCACUCUGUAAAAAAAGCUGGUCUGAAUAUGUAUGUGCUGAACACAGAAUACUUUGGGAAGGUGAUGUUGCCUCUGGAUUACUACCAUUCACUAAGUGAUGAAGUGGAUCAUUUUACUUACGUCAAACUGGAGGCUAUGGAUGCUGACUUUAUAUAUGAGGAGCUAGGACCGAGACAUUAUCCAGUUAAUAGACCUCCUCUCAAUAGAUCCCCAUAUAUAGACAUCAAAGAUAAGAGAGCGGACAAGAUGGCGUUUGAUGAGAUUUACAUGAUAAACUUGGUGCGAAGACCAGAACGGCGAGAAAGGAUGCUCAAAUCUCUGAAAGAAUUAGCCAUUGAGGUGACCAUCUUUGAUGCUGUUGAUGGAAGAGAGCUGAAUGCCACCUACUUAGACAAGCUGGGGGUUGAAAUGAUGGACGGAUAUGCUGACCCUUAUGCUGGCAGAAAACUGACGUUGGGAGAGAUAGGAUGUUUCCUGAGUCAUUACUUCAUCUGGAAAGAGAUCCUUGACAAAGGGUACAAAAAUGCACUGGUGUUUGAGGAUGAUGUAAGGUUUGAGCCAUACUUCAAAACAAAACUGCAGCGUUUACUUGAGGAGGUGGAAGAAAAAGUACCAAACUGGGACCUAAUCUAUCUUGGCCGCAAGCGAUUAAAGUUAUCGGAGGAGACUUACGUAGAGGGAUCACAGACACUGGUCUGGCCUAGUUACUCUUACUGGACACUCAGCUAUAUACUGUCUGACCGCGGGGCCAUGAAACUUCUCCAGCAGGAACCUCUCAGUAAGAUGAUACCAGUGGAUGAGUACCUCCCCAUUAUGUUUGACAAACACCCAGAGUGAGUAUUGCUCUCAACGUUUCUGUUUGUGAAUUCUGCAAUAAAUCAAAGCUAA